AACAAAAUUUAUAAAACAAAUUUGGUAAUAAAACAAAAAGUUAUAAUGGCGCAAUUGGUUCCCGAUGUUGUUAUUUGCGGACUAGUGUUCACGGCAGCUCUAUUGGUACACUUCUUUUCGGAUAUAUUGCGAAUUUCCUUUGGUGGCUAUUAUACACAUGCCACACUCUCACAGCUUGUGGAAUCCCAAUCCACCAAAGAAUAUUCUUGGUUGUUGAAACUUUUAGCCAAUUGUUUUGGUUAUAGUUGUGUCUUUGUACCUGGCUAUCUUAUUUACAAAUAUGUUAAACGCACAAAUUAUCUGGAAAAGAAUGACAAAACAUGCAUUUAUACUGCGGUCAGUAUGUGCAUUACUGGCAGUCCUGGCACUGAACUUGACUAUUCUGAGCCGUUGGAACGCAAACCCAUGGAACCGUUGACACCGCCUAAUGGCUUGCAGAAACACACAAAAUCCCAAGAAACAUUACUACUUUUCUGGUGCUUUGGUGGACUAAUGGUUUCAUACCUCACUUGGGGUGUACUACAGGAGAAAAUUAUGACGCAGCAAUAUUUCAAUUACAAUGGUCAACCGUCGCAUUUUAAGGACUCACAAUUCCUUGUCUUCUGUAAUCGUCUUUCAGCUUUUAUCUGUGCAAUAGUGACACUACGCCUCAAACGUCCAGCCGGCCGUCAUUGUACACCACUAUAUAUGUACUCCUUUGCAUCUUUCUCGAAUAUAAUGAGUGCAUGGUUCCAGUAUGAAGCACUCAAAUUUGUCAGCUUCCCUACGCAGGUGCUAGCAAAGGCAUGCAAAAUUAUACCUGUCAUGUUGAUGGGUAAAAUUAUAUCGAAAAACAAAUAUGAUUGGUAUGAGUAUGUAUCCGCUGUACUAAUAUCAUUAGGCAUGAUAUUCUUUAUGACCGGUUCAGCGAACAGCACCAAUGCUAGUAGUGUGACAACAUUCACUGGCAUCUUUUUGCUUACAAUGUACUUAACGUGCGACAGCUUUACAGCGAAUUGGCAAGAUGAUUUAUUUAAGAACUAUGAAAUGUCGUCAUUGCAAAUGAUGGCUGGUGUCAAUCUGUUUUCCACCAUCUUUACAGCAACCUCAUUGUGGGUACAAGGCGGUUUUAUAGAUUCGCUUACAUUUGCGAGCGAGCAUCCUAAAUUCAUACUUGAUGCCAUUACAAUUUCCAUGUGUUCCGCUGUGGGUCAAUUAUUCAUUUUCUAUACAAUAUCGGUGUUUGGUGCAGUUGUAUUUACCAUCAUCAUGACUUUACGACAGGCGUUUGCAAUAUUGCUUUCCUGUUUGAUUUACAAACACAAAAUAUCGGUGCUCGGUAUUUUCGGCAUACUGGUUGUAUUCUUUGCAGUCUUCAUGCGUUCCUAUGGCAAGCAACGCAUGAAAGUGCUACGCAAACGAGCCGAGGUGCACAAACCGAAAAUGGCUGCGUAGUUGACACAACUGGAGGAUGGAAAAAACGAAAGCAGUACUGGUAGUGGUAAUGUUACUUAAAAAAAGCUUGUAGAGGCAAACAAUUGAAAUAUGAAUUUAGGCAUGUGAAUCAAAAUUAAUGGCGUGCUUACUAAAGCAUAGUAUCCAGCUCUCAAGAAAAACCAAAAAUUUAAGAAAUCAAAAAGGAUCUGUCUUCUAUCACAAUUUCUUAAAUCAAUUUGCGUUUGAUGACAUGCUGAUCAAGAAAGCAACAAUGUUGCAAUAUUACAAUAAUUAUUACGUAGCUCGAAGACACGCUUUGCUAGUACAUAUCCCUCGUUUACUUCAUAACUAAAAAACCGAAAACUCUAGAAAAACUGCUUUAAAGUUUAGAAUUUACAUAGCUUUAUCUUAAUAUACAUAUACAUACAUAUAAGGUAACGAUAUAUUUCUAUAGUAAAAAUUAAUGUGUACAUAUUUUGUUCUAUGUAGUGAGCUACUGGUAAUCGUUAUAGCUCUGAAAUUUUUACACUGCAUAGAAGAGCAGGUAGCGGUAAUUUCUACAUACUUAACUCGAUUUUGUAUUAUUUUGAAUUAUUACACUAUUGAAGUUAAUGAGCUAUAAUUAUGUAUAUUUAUUUCUUCAAGAAAGCAACGGCAACAUAAUUUUUCAAGCAACAAAAAUAUGGUGAAAAAUAUUUCUUGUGAUUUUUCUUGAGAGCUGGAAAUUAAACUUAAGGAAACACUGGUACGCUACGGGCUGGCAGGGCGGCUUAAGCGUUAAGAGACUUUCUUAAAUUUAUUAAAGCAGACUUGCAUUACGUAUCGACUUCCGCUGAAAAAAUAUACGGCAUGCGCUUGCAUGUAACAUAUUUCGUUAGUUAAUUUAUGUAAAAUUUAGGAGAAAAUGUAAAUUUAAUUACAAAUAUUUUUGUAUGUCAAAUUUAAAUUACGAUGCUGCUUUUGCUUAUAUAGCAAAUAAAAAGAAUGGUUUAUUUAGCUUUUAAGUGGAAUAUGUAUACGCAGUUUCGUUUAUAUCCAGCAGCUAAUGUGUUAAAUUGAUUGUUGUUCGUGCAAAUAUUAUAAGUAAACUUUUGUUGUAUGUAUGCAGAAAAGUAAAAAUGUGCAAAAUUAUAAAAGAAUCUCUUAAUAUAUAUACUUGCACUUGUUUAUAAAACAAAUACCGAAAUUUCGCUAAGGCAAAAUUUUGCGAAAUAAAAGAGGCACUUCCAUAAACUGGAAAUGGCCUAAAUAACUAUGAAUGUUUCGAAACUUUGAAUUGUUGAAUUUUUAUGAAAAAUAUUUUUCAAUUUCAUAUUUUCGGGUUAUUCGGAAUGACAUAAUUCAAGAGAUAAGUGCAACUAUUAAUAUGAGCAGGCGUUAAUUCUUCGCUAAAGCCAUGUAAAAUAUCUGCUUUGAUUUAUAUUAAGGUAAAUUAUGAAUUUUUAGGGCGGUUACAAUUUUUUUUUUUUUAAUUAA